AUGAUGCGCUCUAUUGCCAUCUGGGCGAGCGCCUGCGUGUUCAUCGCAGCGUUCGGUCUCCUCGCCAAGUACACGGUUCAUGCGGCCAUCGUGCCCUCCACGGGCAGUGGUGUCCGCUUCCUCUACCAAAACGAUCUGGACUGGAACAGGGCCAACUCUGCAAACCGUCAGGCUGGCUACCUUCUGCUCACAUCCGCCUUGACUGCCAGCGAUGCAGCUUCCAGAUGCCGCGCCCUCGGCGAAUCGUUGGCCCCGGCAUCUGCUGCGUCCGAUCCUGGCUUGCAAGCCCAAUUCAGCUACUCGGUCCAGGAUGGUACGUACAAGGCCACACAGUCUUGUUGGGUGGCAGACGGAAACGUGAUCACUGCUUCCAAUGGCGCGUCGAGCUUUGUCGUGACCAAGCCGAGCGCCAACAGCAAGUAUCCUGCCUUGUGCACCCAGAGUGCACCUUGGAACGCCGCCAACUCGACCGACACGAGCUCCAAAUGGCGCGUCAUUACACAGAGCAACGGUGUUCAGUACACUGGCUAUCGCGAUGCUCUGUCGUUCCGCUUCAACGCGGUCCCGUAUGCAAACCCCACCGAGCGCUUCAGCUACUCGACCGUCUUUGACGCUAAGACAGCUGGAGCUACAACCAUCGCGGCGCUCGACCCCAGCCGCGACAAGCAGUGCCCGCAGGCCGGAUCUGACGCCAAGUCCACAGAGCAGUGUCUGGUGACCAACAUUUUUACCCCUUACCUGCCGUCCACCUCGGAAAUCUCGAACGGCUCGAAUCUCAAGCCCGUCUUUGUCUGGAUCCAUGGCGGCGGUUACACUUCGGGGAGCGGUCUCGACUUUACAUUUGACGGCGGCAACUUGGCGAGUCGCAGCGAUAUUGUGGUGCUGACCAUCAACUACCGCUUGGGCUCGCUUGGGUUCUUGGCGUACAACGACCAGAUCAAGGGCAACUACGGUGUCGCCGAUGUUGUGACGGCGCUCAAGUGGGUGCAAAAGUACAUCAAGGACUUUGGUGGGGAUCCUAAGCGGGUCACGAUUGGGGGUCAGUCGGCAGGUGCUCAGCAGGUACAGAACAUGCUUGCUUCGCCUGCUGCUGCCAACCUCUUCCACCGUGCCAUUGUUUUCAGUGGCAAAGGCCACGACAACGCUUUCAUCUAUCCCACUGUUGCCCAGGCACGUCAAGGCAGCGGGGGUGACGCGGUCAAGGCUCUCCACUGUGACACGGCAUCCGACACGCUCGCCUGUCUGCGAAACAAGAGUGUCCAGGAGAUCCUUCAAGCGGCAACAGCAAAGAGCGUCGUGCAGGACGGAACGUACAUCACUUCGCCUCGUCUGGAGCGACCCAAUCAGGCGCAAGGCCACGUCAACCGAGUGCCUGUCAUCUGGGGUGGGUUGCGAGACGAGCUUGCCUCGCUUGGCAUUGUGCCUCCUGCCUCAGAGACGGACUUGGGCGCUGCCAUGAGGACGGCAGGCAUCGCUUCCAACUACAGCGACAUUGUGCUGCAAAACACCAACACGUUUCCUGUGAGCCAGUAUGGUGUUCAGAAUCUGACCGUGGCAGUCAACACGGAUAUCAGGUAUCGUUGCGGUACCCAGGCCAUGGCGUACGCUUCGGCCGUCAACUCGGUCUUCCCGAGUGUCUACGCGUACUCAUACGAUCAGAGGACGUACCAGAUCCCUAACUACGACCCGAACAGCGUAUGCAGGCCGCAAGGAGGUAACCUGGAUCCUUCGAGCUAUUACAUGUGCCACUCGGGCGACUUGAUGACGCUGUUCGGAACCACGGGUAGCGCUUUCCGCCUUCCUUACCGCGACAGCAACGAUCUGCCCUGGAUGGCAGCCAUCAUGGACCAGUUCUCUGCGUUCAUCCGAACUGGCAACCCUGCGCCUUCUCAAGCAUACCUGCGCGCGCGCGGACAGGCGUAUGCCUCGUCGUUGGCGCGAACGACUUCGAGUGGUACCACUUGGGUCCAGUUGACGCCGUCCAGUGCGCAAGCGCUCAGCUUUGGUCCCGUGCAGCAGAGGAUGCAGCCUGUUGCGCAGAGAGACGACCAGUGUGCUGCCAUUGGCAAGGGCAUCGACUACAUCGCCAAGUUGUAA